AUGUUUAUUGCAUAUACAAGGAUUAGAGAUAAUUUGCAUCAUUGGUCAGAUAUUUUUGUUGGGAUGGCAACAGGGUCAAGUGUUGCUACUUUUGUGGGUUUAACUAUAGUUGGAUUUAAAUUAAAUACCCAUACUUUUGAAGAAUCAAUUUCAUUAAAAGAAGGAAGAAGAAAUGUUCCGUCUGGAUAGGUUUAUUAGUAAAUCUCUUUUAAAUUCCUUUAAGCUAAUAAGCAGUUACAGUCGAACCUCUCUAUAAGAUACCCCAAUAUUAGAAAACCUCUAUUUAAGAGACGCUAUUUAAUAUUUGGCUGGCCAUUGGGUCGGAGGAAGCUGCCUAAAUAUAAUACCUUCUAUUUAAGGAACACCUCAUUAUAAAAGACUUUUUUGAGAGUACCUUUUUAAGUGGGGAUGGUUUGGUUGAGAAAAAGAAGGUUGAGCCGGGUUUUGAAAAAUUUUCUACGGAUCAGGGUGUAUCAUGUCGUAAGGUUUAUCUGUUCUGCUUAUAUUUAAUAUUUAUUUUUCUAACUUUUUUUUUAUUU